AUGUAUGAUGUAAUUCAGAGAGGAUAAGGAGAGCGUUUUACAGCCUACCGGUCUGUCAUCUCCUCCAUCUCUUCUUCUCUUCUUCCACCUUCAAUGGCAAUAGCUAUAUGUUCUUUCUCCAUCCUCUCAUUCACUGACACGUCUCCUUCCCACCAUUCCUUUCCGUUUCUCUGCGGCGCCGGAACAAGUCCCUUUAGAUUCCUCUGCUCACAUAAACCUCUCAUUUCUAAAGUGAAAGCUUCCAAGAGAACUCCUUCUCAUAGAACUAACAAAGAAGAGGUAGAAGCUAUUUCCCAGAAGAGGUUUCCUGGAAGAGCAAAAGAUGAAAAGGCCUAUUUGCCGCCUGAUGGUUCUAAAGGGGAGACGGGCCGGUCUUCAUCCGCAGUAUUUAAAUCACUCGGCCUGCAGAAAAAAGACAAGAAGGGGUUGGUGUAUGAUCUGAAGGAACAACAGGUUAAUGACACUGAAAAUCUUCAAGAUGCAACUUUUCUAAAUGCUGUUGUUAAGGUUUACUGCACCCACACUGCACCUGAUUACUCCCUUCCAUGGCAAAAGCAAAGACAGUAUACAAGUACAGGAAGCGCUUUUAUGAUAGGGGAAGGGAAGCUUCUGACAAAUGCGCAUUGCGUUGAACAUGGUACACAGGUUAAAGUUAAGAGAAGGGGAGAUGACACGAAAUUUGUGGCCAAGGUUUUAGCUAGAGGUGUUGAAUGUGAUAUUGCUUUGCUUUCGGUAGAGAGUGAAGAAUUCUGGAAAGGUGCUGAACCACUCCGUUUUGGCCGCCUACCCUGUCUUCAGGAUUCAGUAACUGUCGUAGGGUAUCCACUUGGAGGAGAUACAAUAUCAGUGUCAAAGGGUGUGGUAUCACGAAUAGAGGUUACAUCAUAUGCUCAUGGUGCGACUGAUUUGUUGGGCAUUCAAAUUGAUGCAGCAAUCAAUCCUGGCAAUAGUGGUGGCCCUGCAUUUAAUGACCAGGGGGAGUGCAUUGGGGUGGCGUUUCAGGUUUACAGAUCUGAAGAAGCGGAGAAUAUUGGAUAUGUGAUUCCCACCACAGUCGUGUCGCAUUUCUUGACUGACUAUGAAAUGAACGGAAAGUAUACUGGGUUCCCUUGCCUUGGGGUCUUAUUGCAAAAAUUGGAGAAUCCAGCUCUACGAGAAUGCUUAAAAGUACGGUCUAAUGAGGGUGUACUGGUGCGGAGAGUUGAACCUACCUCUGCUGCAAAUAAUGUUUUGAAGGAGGGCGAUGUGAUUGUAAGCUUUGAUGAUGUGCAUGUAGGGUGUGAAGGAACUGUCCCAUUCCGAUCAACUGAACGUAUCGCAUUCCGCUACCUUAUAAGUCAAAAGUUCCAAGGAGAUGUGGCAGAGCUUGGCAUCAUUCGAGAAGGGAAUCACAUGAAAGUUCAAACAGUUCUGAAUCCGCGUGUUCAUUUGGUGCCUUAUCACAUUGAAGGAGGGCAGCCUUCAUAUCUCAUCGUCGCUGGUCUUGUGUUCACACCACUCUCCGAACCUCUUAUAGACGAGGAAUGUGAAGACUCAAUAGGGCUGAAACUACUGGCAAAGGCACGGUACUCUUUGGCAAAGUUCAAAGGAGAAGAGAUUGUGAUCUUAUCACAGGUCUUAGCAAAUGAAGUAAACAUCGGGUAUGAGGAUAUGGGCAAUCAGCAGGUUCUGAAGUUUAAUGGGACUCGGAUCAGAAAUAUAUGGCACCUAGCACAUCUUGUUGACUAUUGCAAAGACAAGUACUUAGUUUUCGAAUUUGAAGACAAUUUUCUCGCUGUUUUGGAGAGAGAAUCAGCCGCCAUUGCCUCUCCUUGUAUUCUCAAGGACUAUGGAAUCCCAUGUGAAAGGUCACCUGAUUUGUUGGAACCAUAUGUGGAUUCGUCAGAAGACAAGCAAACAAUGGAUAAGGAUUUUGGCGACAUCCCUGUUUCCAAUUUGGAAAUCGGAUUUGACGGGCUUCUUUGGGCAUGAUUAAUUGUACCCAAUCAAGGUAAAUAAGAAAUCACUUAAAGCUGUUAAUGGGCAUCGAAUCCAAGCUAUUAAAGGCAGAAAUCGGGCCUGAUCCCCCAAACCUCUGUGCAAUUUGAGUUAUAUAUUUCGCAUUGGUUGUAACCAUUUGCAGUUCAUAUAUUAGUCCGAAGCAUAAACAUGCCAAAUUUUUGUUGUAACAUGUGGGAUGGAUAUGCUGGUGCAUAGGUGGGUUGUCAAGGCAGGGCGCUUUUUUUUUUCCUCUUUCUCAAAUGGGACUAAAUUCCAAUUCUCUUCUUUCCCCCAUUUCAUUGUGUUGUAAUCUUAUUGACUUUGAUUUUCAUUCCAAGCCUACAAUAAUACAGAAAGUUAGGUAUUCAGUAGAGACCUGUUAACUUGUUAAAGGGAUUAAUGCAGCUAGACUUCUCGGGACUAGCCAACAUGGCAUGCAUGGAAAAAUCUGAGCUGUUUCCCAGGCCCUACAUUGGUGAGGCAGCCAAAAUCAGGCAGUUUUAAGACAUUUUACAAGUGUAUUAUCCUGUUAGAAAGAAAGGAUUCAUCUUUCAAGAUGGGUGGAUGUGAAGAGAAAUGAUAUGGCUGUAUCUUAAGUUAUGCUACGACAUUUUAUUUUUUCUGUCAGCAUGUGAUGGGUGUAUAAUAUCCAACUGGGCUGUUAACUGCUGG